GUCACCUUGUGUUUAUGAGUUUUUGAAAGUGUUUACCGUUUACGAGUUGUAGAAUUUUCUUGUUCCAGUUAAAUUGAGUUAAUCACGAGAACGAGUACUGUUUUGGCUAGCUGAAGUUGUUUUUUGGUUAGCGCCCGUGUUGUGUGAGUAAUGUUUCCGUGGAGCAGCAUGUGUCGGUCCACAGCAGCUGCGAGAAGCGGCGUCCCGUUCCCCUUGCGCGCCGUCUCCAGCUCGCCACCGGCCGCCGCGCUGCCCAAACUGUGCAUGGACUCGGCGGAGCUGCAGAAGCGCUGCGGGGACUUUCUGCGCAUCUGCCGCGAGGACGGCGGGGAGGGCUCCCUGGACUUGUCGUUCAGCUGCGACGACUCGCUGGCCGAGAUCAAAAUCAACAACUACACCAAGCGCAAUGCACUCUCGGGCAAAAUGAUGCUAGAGCUGGAGCGGAUCGUGACGGAACUGGAGUCGUGGAAGACGGGGAAAGCGCUGAUGCUGUACGGCGAGCGCGACUGCUUCUGCUCGGGCGGCGACCUGCACUUUGUGCGGCGCAUCGCCACGCCGGAGCUGGGCGCGCAAAUGUCCUAUUUCAUGCAGCACACGCUGCACCGUUUAUCCAACCUGCCGGUGGUGUCGCUGGCCGUGCUGCGCGGGGCGGCGCACGGCGGCGGCGCCGAGCUGUGCACCGCCUGCGACUACCGCAUGCUCACCAAGUCCAGCGACGUCCGCUUCGUCCAGGCCAAACUCGGCAUCACCACGGGCUGGGGCGGUGCUUCGCGACUAGCCAAGAUUGUCGGCCCGCACGUCGCCCUGGCUUAUCUCCUAUCCUCCGAGCCCAUUCCGCACUCGCUGGCCCGCGGCACCGGCUUCGCGCAACUGAUCUUCAACAACGCCGAAGCGGUGGACAUGAGCCGGUUGUGGCUGGCGGACAACAUCCUGAAAGUGCCGGCGCCGGUGGUGCGCGCCUACAAGACGCUGCUGUCGCGCGUGGAUUCAUCGCGCCUGCUGGAGGCCUACGAGCUGGAGACGCAGGCCUUCAGCACGACGUGGGGCUCGGCGCAGCACUUGGACGCCAUCGCCGCCGUCCUCGACAAAGCCCCGCUUAGCUCCGCUGCCACACAGCCCGGCAGUUAGCGG